AUGUGCAGAAUUGUUCUAAUGGAUUUUUUUUUUUUUUUUUUAGAUUGCCAAACACGUUGCCUAUUAACAGCAUAGUGACCACAAUGGAGAACUAGACUGUUUGAACUCCAGAAGGACCAACACCAGAUAAAUUAUGAAUGUUGAACAAGAUGACCUUACAUCCACAGCAGAUAAUGAUAGGUCCUAGGUUUAACAGGGCCUUAUUUGACCCCCUGCUUGUGGUGCUGCUGGCUCUCCAACUUCUUGUGGUGGCUGGUCUGGUGCGGGCUCAAACCUGCCCUUCCGUCUGCUCCUGCAGCAACCAAUUCAGCAAGGUGAUUUGCGUUCGGAAAAACCUGCGCGAGGUUCCAGAUGGCAUCUCGACCAACACGCGGCUGCUGAACCUCCAUGAGAACCAAAUCCAGAUCAUCAAAGUGAACAGCUUCAAGCACUUGAGGCACCUGGAAAUCCUACAGUUGAGUAGGAAUCACAUUAGAACAAUUGAAAUUGGGGCUUUCAAUGGUCUGGCGAACCUCAACACUCUGGAACUCUUUGACAAUCGUCUGACUACCAUCCCGAAUGGAGCUUUUGUAUAUUUGUCUAAACUGAAGGAGCUCUGGUUGCGGAACAACCCCAUUGAAAGCAUCCCUUCUUAUGCUUUUAAUAGAAUCCCUUCUUUGCGCCGGCUAGACUUGGGGGAAUUGAAAAGGCUUUCAUACAUCUCAGAAGGUGCCUUUGAAGGUCUGUCCAAUUUGAGGUAUUUGAACCUUGCCAUGUGCAACCUCCGGGAAAUCCCUAACCUCACACCACUUAUAAAACUGGAUGAGUUGGAUCUUUCUGGGAAUCAUUUGUCUGCCAUCAGGCCUGGCUCUUUUCAGGGGUUGAUGCACCUUCAAAAACUGUGGAUGAUACAGUCGCAGAUUCAAGUGAUUGAACGGAAUGCCUUUGAUAACCUUCAGUCACUAGUGGAAAUCAACUUGGCACACAACAAUCUAACAUUACUGCCUCAUGACCUUUUCACUCCCUUGCAUCAUCUAGAGCGGAUACACUUACAUCACAACCCUUGGAACUGUAACUGUGACAUACUGUGGCUCAGCUGGUGGAUAAAAGACAUGGCCCCCUCCAACACAGCUUGCUGUGCCAGGUGUAACACUCCUCCCAAUCUGAAAGGGAGGUACAUUGGGGAGCUCGACCAGAAUUAUUUCACGUGCUAUGCUCCCGUGAUUGUGGAGCCCCCUGCAGACCUCAAUGUCACUGAAGGCAUGGCAGCCGAGCUGAAAUGCCGAGCCUCCACGUCCCUGACCUCUGUAUCUUGGACUACGCCAAACGGAACAGUCAUGACACAUGGGGCGUACAAAGUACGGAUAGCUGUGCUCAGCGAUGGUACAUUAAAUUUCACGAAUGUAACCGUGCAAGAUACAGGCAUGUACACAUGUAUGGUGAGUAAUUCCGUUGGAAAUACCACUGCUUCGGCCACUCUGAAUGUUACUGCGGCAACCACUACUCCCUUCUCUUACUUUUCAACCGUCACGGUAGAGACUAUGGAACCUUCUCAGGAUGAGGCUCGGACCACAGAUAACAAUGUGGGCCCCACUCCAGUGAUCGACUGGGAGACCACCAAUGUGACCAUCUCUCUCACACCACAGAGCACAAGGUCGACAGAAAAAACAUUCACCAUCCCAGUGACUGAUAUAAACAGUGGGAUCCCAGGAAUCGAUGAGGUCAUGAAGACUACCAAAAUCAUCAUUGGCUGUUUUGUGGCCAUCACACUUAUGGCUGCAGUGAUGCUGGUCAUUUUCUACAAGAUGAGGAAGCAGCAUCAUCGGCAAAACCAUCAUGCCCCAACACGGACUGUUGAAAUCAUUAAUGUGGAUGAUGAGAUUACAGGGGACACACCCAUGGAAAGCCACCUGCCCAUGCCUGCUAUCGAGCAUGAGCACCUAAAUCACUAUAACUCUUAUAAAUCUCCCUUCAACCACACAACAACAGUUAACACAAUAAAUUCAAUACACAGUUCAGUGCAUGAACCGUUAUUGAUCCGAAUGAACUCUAAAGACAAUGUACAAGAGACUCAAAUCUAAAACAUUUACAGAGUUACAGAAAACAAUCGAAACAAAGACAGUUUAUUAAAAAUGACACAAAUGACUGGGCUAAAUCUACUGUUUCAAAAAAAAGUGUCUUUACAAAAAAAAACAAAAAGAAAAGAAAUUUAUUUAUUAAAAAUUCUAUUGUGAGCUAAAGCAGACAAAAUUAUGUGUAUUCCUCAGAACCUGUUUUUGCUGCACUUAUUUACUAUUUUCCCACAUCUCGUCCCUCCCUUCCCUGAUUGCCAUAUUUUUCAUAGGAGAUCUCAAUUCCCUAAAGAACUGGUCUAGGAAAUUUUGUAAGAAUUCUGUUACACUCUGAGAUUUUUAUGGUGAAUUCUAGU